AUGGCCGUUAAAGGACUAGGAGAAUUAGAUAGACAAUACGAUGGUUCCAAAUUACGAAUUGGGAUCCUUCACGCUAGGUGGAACAAAAAGAUUAUCGACUCAUUAGUCGAAGGAGCCGUGAAAAAAUUGAAACAAUUGGGCGUGAAAGAAAACAAUAUUGUAAUUGAAACAGUACCGGGAUCAUUUGAAUUACCCUAUGGAUCAAAGUUAUUUUUUCAACAACAAAAGGAAAAAGGUACACCAUUGGAUGCUAUAAUCCCCAUUGGUGUAUUGAUUAAAGGAUCAACUAUGCAUUUUGAAUACAUUUGUGACUCCACAACGCAUCAAUUGAUGAAGUUGAAUUUUGAAUUGGGAAUACCCGUAAUUUUCGGUGUCUUAACUUGUUUAACUGAAGAACAAGCUGAAGCUAGAGCAGGAUUGAUUCCUAAUAAAAUGCACAAUCAUGGAGAAGACUGGGGUGCUGCUGCUGUUGAAAUGGCAACCAAAUUCAAUUAG